GUAGAAACUACCGAAACGAGUCUAGCAAACAAACAGCAGCCUGAGCACCCGAGGAGACUCCGUGCGACCGAAGCCAGAGCCAGCGGAACCGAACGGAAGCGAGACCCCCGGCGGCUAGCGAGAUGGACGGCGGCGCCGGCGAGGAGGGGAAGCAGGAGCGGCACCUGGUGCUGGCCCACAAGCUCUUCCUUCUAUCCCACCCCUCCGUUGAUGACCUCUCCAAGGUCGCCCUCCGCGCCGAAGUCCUCGACACCGUGAAAUCCGAUGAUAUGGCGACGCUGUUUGAGUCGCUGGUCGCCGCGGGUGUGCUGGAGGGGGACGCCGCGCUGCUGGCCGAGAUGCGUGGGAGGAUUGACGAGGAGAUCCGCAAGCUAGAUGAGAAAAUUGCUGAUGCGGAGGAGAACUUGGGUGAGAGCGAAGUCCGUGAAGCACAUCUUGCCAAAUCUUUGUACUUUAUAAGGGUCGGUGAGAAGGAAAAGGCCCUGGAACAGCUUAAAGUCACUGAAGGAAAAACUGUAGCUGUUGGCCAAAAGAUGGAUCUUGUGUUCCACACUUUGCAGAUUGGUUUUUUCUACAUGGAUUUUGAUCUGAUAUCAAAAUCCAUCGAUAAGGCAAAGAACUUGUUUGAGGAAGGAGGCGAUUGGGAGAGGAAGAACAGGUUGAAAGUAUAUGAAGGCUUGUACUGCAUGGCAACCAGAAACUUCAAGAAAGCUGCCAGCUUAUUUUUAGACUCGAUUUCGACUUUCACAACUUAUGAGAUAUUCCCAUAUGAUACGUUCAUCUUCUAUACAGUCCUCACAAGUGUCAUCACAUUGGAUCGUGUAUCUCUGAAACAAAAGGUGGUAGAUGCACCAGAAAUCCUGGCUGUAAUUGGCAAAGUACCUCACCUCUCCGAGUUUCUCAACUCCCUGUACAACUGCCAGUAUAAGUCGUUCUUCGUUGCAUUUUCUGGUCUGACAGAGCAAAUCAAGUUAGACCGUUAUCUUCAGCCUCAUUUCCGCUACUACAUGAGGGAAGUGCGCACCGUGGUAUACUCACAGUUCUUAGAGUCAUACAAGAGUGUGACAAUGGAAGCAAUGGCCACUGCGUUCGGUGUAACUGUUGAUUUCAUUGACCAGGAACUGUCACGGUUCAUUGCAGCUGGGAAGCUGCACUGCAAGAUUGAUAAGGUUGCUGGUGUUCUGGAGACUAACCGACCUGAUGAGAGGAAUGCUUUCUACCAGGCGACCAUCAAGCAAGGGGACUUCUUGCUGAACCGCAUCCAGAAGCUUUCACGGGUCAUUGACCUGUAAGGACUGUUUGUGUUGGAGCUAUUCCUGCAAUCGGCGCCUGCAAAUGUUUCCCACCCUACGUCUUCCACAAGACAUCUCUCCUUGAGUGGGGAUUGGGGAACAAGCCCUAAGAACAUCUGUGUUUUAAGUGCAGAAUAUUUGUGUUUUAAUCAGUAAACGCUGUCCUGUCAUUUCGAGUUUCCUAUCUGUGGCUCUGUCUGUGAUUUUCUUCCUUAAGUUGUUAGCUUGACAAUCUGGUGCCCUUUUGACCUACAUACAUAAUGAGCUCUGAUACGCGGCCCGUAAAGAGAGUUCAGUUGAAAA